CGGCCGCGCUGCCGCCGUCUCCGUCUCUAGCUGCGCCGCCGAGCCGAACGGAGAGGAGGAAGACAGAGAGGAGAGAUGAGAUAGGAUAAGGGUAUUUUGGUCAUCUCAACAAGAAAAACAUUACAAAAACCAUUAAACUGAGAAGAAAUGGAUGGAAUGGCAUUGCAACAAGUUGCCCCUGUUUGAGGGUGGCAUUUUAACGAAACCACUUUUGGGAGUGGCAUUCCAGCGAAACCCCGUUUUGACAAUGGCUAAAUGUCAAUUUUCUCGCGCGGGGGGGAGGCGGCGGCGGCGUGAGAGGGAGAGUGACGGCUAUGUUAGUGCGCGGCACUUUUUCUAAAAAGCCCCUCGACUUUCGUUUUCUACAGCGCGAUCCUAUUUCGCGUUUCUCCCCUCCUGCGCAUGCAAUAUCCGGAUUUUAGAAGGGCCCUUACGCACAACAUCGCCUCAGGGAGGACACUGUUCGGCAGGGCCUUUUCGCAAAAAACCCACCCCCAUCGUCCGCCCCUUCUGCGCCGCAUAAUAUUUUGCCGAUAUCUCCCGUCUCGUUGUCUCCUCCGCUCCUCAAGAACGAGUCGCGGGCUCGCGGCUGCCGAUCUCCAUCUGGCGAGGAGAGGAGAGCAGAUCAGAGCAGGUUGGCGCAUGUCAAGUGCCGCAGUGAAUGGAUUGGCUGGUGCCGGUGGUGGCAUCAUCGCCCAGAUCAUCACCUACCCCCUCCAGACCGUGAACACCCGGCAGCAGACAGAGAGGUCGGCAAAAAAGAAGAAGGCCAAUGGCGCAGCCAUCGCCAAUACUUCCACCCUCUUCCAGAUGCUUCAGCUGUUCCAAACGGAAGGAUGGGGAGGGUUGUAUAGCGGCCUCAAACCCUCUCUUAUUGGCACUGCUGCUUCACAGGGAAUCUAUUACUACUUUUACCAGAUUCUCAAAAACAAGGUGGAAGAUCUAGCAGUUGCUCGCGGUAAGAAGGGUCUAGGGGAUGGUACCGUUGGGAUGUUCUCCUGGCUUGGUAUUGCAGCUGUUGCUGGGUCAAUCAAUGUUCUUCUUACCAAUCCAAUAUGGGUUCUCGUGACUCGUAUGCAGACACAUACGCAAGCAGAAAAGAAGAUCAUGGAGUCUAAAAAGGAGCUUUUGCUGAAGGAUGUUGCUAGGGCCAAUUCAAUAGAGGUCUCAAUUCUUAAGGAUAGGUUGUAUAAACUUGAUUCUGAAAAGCCUCGUCCAUAUGGGACAAUUCAAGCGGUCCGGGAGGUCUACCGUGAAUCAGGCAUAAGAGGAUUCUGGAAAGGACUUAUUCCGACACUAAUUAUGGUAUGUAAUCCAUCAAUACAAUUUAUGAUCUAUGAAACAUUGGCAAAGCGUCUCCGGUCAAAGAGAUCUGGAAAGGAACUCCCAAAAAAGAACCUUACUGCUAUGGAGGUAUUCUUAUUAGGUGCAAUAGCAAAGCUCGGAGCUACUGUUGUGACAUACCCAUUGCUAGUGGUUAAGUCUAGGUUGCAAGCAAAACAAGAAAUUGGCAGGAAUGUGAUGUCAAGAUACACAGGUACGAUUGACGCGAUCAUAAAGAUGAUCCGGUAUGAAGGAUUGCACGGGUUUUACAAAGGAAUGGGUACGAAGAUUGUACAGAGCGUCUUUGCCGCCUCAGUUCUUUUUAUGGUAAAAGAAGAGUUGGUAAAAUUCGUAGUUAUGUUAAUUGCUAGGAGUAGGACCGUGCUCGGUCCUAGCUCUAAGAAACGAUAGGCAGUUCAUUUAUAUCGAAACAAUUUGUAACGUCCUCUUUGAGACUAUAUAUCAAUUAUUUACAAGAUAGGAAAUCCAAAAUGUCUCCAAAUACUAA